AUGGCCCAAACCAAGGGCAUUACCCUCCUCCACUUUAACGAUGUGUAUCACAUCUCCGAUGCUGACCAAGUUGCACGCUUCGCAACCGUCCUGGCUAAUCCACGGUACAUCACCGAUGAUGUCUCAGCCCCUGAUCACCAGCUUCGACUAUUCAGCGGCGACGUUUUCUCCCCAUCUCUGGAGGCGUCCGUCCUUCGUGGUGAGCAUAUACCGACGAUUCUCAAUGCCAUGAACAUUGAUGUCGCUUGCUAUGGGAACCAUGACUUCGACUUUGGCGAAGACCGCCUCGUUGAGUUAUCCAGAAUCACCAAGUUCCCCUGGAUGCUCACAAACGUACUGCGGAGGGACUCGCAGUCAACCCAGGGGAGAGAUGAUAAGUUGUUAGCCCUGGCGCAUAAAUAUAUCAUCCGAGAGGUGGGUGGGCUGAAGAUUGGGUUCAUUGGUUUGGCUGGAACUGACUGGCCAUCAAACUGCCAGCAUUUACCCAGCUGUACUAUAUGCGAACCUGCCACUGUGGCCCGAACCACAGCAAGACAUCUGCGGGAGUCGGAAAAAUGCGACCUUGUUAUAGCAUUGACCCAUAUGCGGCUGGCGGAGGACAUUGCAGUCUUGCAGAAUACCAAAACUGGUAGUGGGAGGGUUGAUUUAAUACUCGGUGGUCAUGACCACGACGUCGUUCAAAGAUCUUCCACAGAUUUCAAUAACGACCCGAGAGUCCGCCACCCGGGCUUCACUUCUGGUAGUGCUACCGGAAUAUUCUGCACAGAAGGCGAUAUACGCAUUAUAAAGAGCGGAACAGACUGGAAUGGCCUGUCGGUGCUGCGUCUCACCGUUCCUAAACAGGCAGAUGGCACGACUUCUAUAUCAAAUUUAAAACUAUAUCAGGUUGCGGACCUAAAGUCCUUGCCGAACUAUGCGAACAUACGGCCAUGCCCCAUAACCGUGAAGGCUAUAACAGACGUGCAAACCAAAAUAGCCAAACUGGUGGAAAAGCCACUCGUCAUAACUUCUAUCCCCCUUGAAGGAAGAUUCAGGAUCAUCCGCAGCCGAGAAACCAAUCUUGGGAAUAUGCUCGCAGACGUGGUACGUUUCUUUUACAACACGGAUAUUGCCUUUGUCAACAGCGGAGCUAUCCGCUGUGACAGAAUCAUUGACUCAGGGACAGACGAACCACUGCGGAUCCGGGACAUCAUUGACAUUAGUCCGUUUGAUAACGCAUUCGUUAUUAAACGUGUCAGCGGCCAGAUACUUGCAGCAUCUCUGGAAAAUUCGGUAUCUGAUGCCCAUACUGAUGGUCGCUUUUUGCAUGUAUCAGGGCUUACCAUGGUGGUAGACUGGAGCCGUCCUGAGGGACAGAGAGUAGGGGAUAUUAUGUAUGUUCCGAAGCAUGGACCACGGCGUGCUGCAUUGUCCAGGGAUUUCUAUACGGUGGCCAUGGUGGACUUUAUAGCUUCAGGGUUUGAUGGGUAUUCUUGCUUUCGGCAUUGCGAGACACUGCUUGAGGCUGAGGGCUCGAUGACGGACACGAAUCUGUUGCUGCAAGUGUUUGAAGCCGAUGGUCGUGGAGACGGGAGUUUCCAGCAGCUAGACGAGGCUGUGGAGGGUAUCAAGAGAGCCCGGAAGGUGGUCAUUCGAGGGAGACAUCCAACUAAAGGAUUACCUGUCAUAUCUCCGUCUGUGGAGGGCCGGAUACGGGUUGUUACAUCUAAUCUAUAG